UGUUUGGCUGAGCAUCAUCACACUUCAGCAUGCUUUGACCGGAGACAGCGCCCUGCAGCACCCCGUCCGUCCAUUGAAGACUUUCUCCGUCAAACAUCUAAAGUUGGGCGCAAGAGAAAUAAAAGUUGCAUCCACUUUGGGCAAGUGUUCUUGAUCGAGGGUGGCCUCCGGUGUAGAAGUCUUUCAACGCAGCUUGAAACCGGAGACCCGGCCGGUUACCUGAGAUGACUCUCCGGAGGCCAGCUGCUCACCUGCCGAUGGGCUGGAGGAGAUCCGGCGACGAGUCCCAUUGGGAGACCCGGAGCUCCAAGGGGGAGAGCUUCUCCUUCGUCUCUCGCCGAGACGCUCGGCCGCACAGCGCCAUCGAGGGUAGACAGAUGGACGCUUGGCUCCACGGGAUGCAAGGCGAUGGAGAAGCGAGCGAGGGGAACCGGAGACCGUACCGGACUCCCUCCUUCAGCGGCGUGUCGUCCUGCGGCAACACGACGGCAAGUUCUUUAGGCAGCCGGGAGUCUCUGCAAAGUGAGUUCUUUGUCCCCGUGGGAUGCACGGGGAGUCUGGAAAGGGUUCAUAUCUCGCAGACGCCAAAGAAGGAGCAGUCCCAACUCGGUUAUGUCACGCCGGUGAAAACCGGAUGGCUCCCGAUUCAACGGAGAGCGAUAACGGUGGACGAAAGACAAAUGGCUUCACCGCAACCUGCUGUCCAGGUGAAACUGAAACAACCCAUCACGCCGACGUUUCUGAAGAGUCGAGGAACAGUCAGCCUGCACCAAGACGGACAAGCCGAGAGGAGUCCGCGUAGGACGUGGCAGACUCCCAAUCGCUCGUCUCCUGUCAUCAAAAAGGUUCUGGACAAACAGGACUGUGCUACCAGCCAGCAGCGAAGGCCUGGAAUCUGGAAAACGCUGAGAAGAGGCUGGACUAAUACCAGGCUGUCAGGGAGUGGCUCUGCUCAACCGCUGAAUGAGAUCUCUUCAGGCCCACGUGAGGAACCCUCUCUGGUUACAAGAAGCAGAAUAGAAGAGCCCUCGCGGAGAACUUUUGCCGAAUAUGGUCGACCUGACUGGGUGCAGCAAGACCCCCCAAGGCAGCCAAGAAGAGUAGAAGAACCCUCGCUAUGUAGUCCACCUGCCUCCACCGCGACGCCCCCCUUCCAGCCGUACAGACGCCACAGCUUGCAACCGUCGCACAUCCAGACCACGUCCACGCCCGCCACUCUCAUCCCUCACAGCAAAGUAGGCUUCUCAUCCAUCACCAUCUCCAGUCGUAAAGUCAACCGCUCGGCCAGCUUCACCGCCGCCGACGACAUGAACCCGAGGAAGGCCACCAUCGUUAAAGUGACCGAGCAAAGGACCACGGUCAGCUCCGCUCCCCGAAGAAAAGCCGCAAUUAUCAAAGUGACCGAGCUUAAGGAGAGCUACAGUCCGGGAACUCGCAGCGGGAACGGAUUCGCUCCAGUAGAAGCCGCAACGACGUCUCCGCUACAAAACGGCAAAUCUCCUCCGGCGGAGCUCUCUGAACAAGAACCCAAGAGAGCGGCUGUCAGGAAAUGGAGCUUGGGGCUCCCUCAAGAGAGCUUUGAGGAAAGUCCAAAUAAAGACCACCAGGGGGCGUUUUCCGGCAGGUGGAGCUCGACUCCAUGCCUCACCCUCAUUCAAACGCCGGAGCCUCACCAGUCUCCGGAGGAAGUUCUGGCCCGAAAUGCGGCCGCCAUCAUCGCCAACAUCAAACUUCAAAGGCAACUGAGUAUGAAGAAAGCGUCGCCCUGCAAUUCAGAGGAGGAUUCCUCCGCCUCCCCCAGGGGAAAUUCAGCGACAGACGGGGGACAAUGCACAAAGGCACGCGACGACGUUCCCAAGCGGGAUGAGUCUCGCGCCCAACCCGCACCGACCAUUCCCGAUCUUCAAAAAUCACAUCGCUCCGUUUCUCUCCAGGAGGCACUGCGGAGGUCCAGACCACGCUUCAUCGCUCGCUCGCAGGAGCGCGUGCAGGAGAUGGCGAGGAGGGCCCAGGAGCGGAAGAAGCGCUCCAGAUCAGGAGGCCCGCAAACAUCUGACACUCGCAGCCAGAGACAGGCCCGCUCCAGCAACGAUAAUCUGUUCAAAUCCAGGGAGGGAGCCAAGGAGCUCAAAUCAAAUCGGCCAAUAACAGAUGUGAGAAGGCAAAAAGAGGAAGAGAAAAAAAAGAAGGAAGCCUGUUUGACCAACAGACAGCGAAUGGACAUUUUCAAAAAGAAACUUUUGGAUCAGAUUCUACACAGGAGCAGCAACUGAAUGGCGACUGACGGGAAGUUCUAUGGAUUGUAUCAGUGAUGAUAACAAUAACAACAAUAAUGAUAACAAUAAUAAUAAUAUGCAAAUCGCCAUAGACAGGCGACUGAAAAACACAGGUGUUGCUGUUAUAGCACACAAACGGUGCAGCAACACAUGUAGGCAGACACUAACAAUACCCAGAGGCCCAUAUUCUUUAUCCUGUCUGAAAACGACUGACUUGCUUAUGCCCAUCCCCACAUAUUCGUAUCAUACUGCCCCAAAGUACGAUAUCAUGAAUGUCAUUUCCCAUAUUAAAAAGCACACACACUUGUUGCACCUCGCUCAUUGCGCAAAGCAAACGGCCAUCACGUGGCCCCAGCGCCAAGCUGUGAGGCGGCAAGAUGGCUGAAUGUGACCUCGUUGCCACGUUUUUAAUGAAGAGCGACCCACUUGAAUGGCGUCUUUGUCCCAGCACACACUGGCCCUUUAUUACACAGCUUAGCCAAAGUGCAUGAAUGCGGCAACUGAGAUAUUACAUGCAGACAAGCUAUUGUACAGUAGAUCCAUCAGAUGAAUCAAAGUUACGUUCUAAUUUUGACCAAUGGGGGAAAAUCCGCAAUUUUUCUGAUUCACCAGUGCAACAUUAAGCCACCUCCCAUUUCCAAGAGUCAACGUGCCACUUUACAAUGCAAGUGAAGUUGUAUAUGGAAAUCUGAAUAAAAGAUAUUUUUGGAUAA